AUGUCUUCGCAGCUAGAAUACAGGCCCUUAGCUGAUGAUGAAUUUCGCCUGCUAACACUUUUACCAGCAGCGUCGCUUUCAGCGCCACUCAGAGUUCAGAUCUUCCACAGCAACGUGUGUACCCCACAAGAAUCUUACGCGGCGUUAUCAUAUACCUGGGCAUCGAAAUUGGAAGGCAACGAUGACAGCAACGGUGAAGUCUUUGAGUCAGUAGAUGUCGACGGUCACAAGACAUCUCUCCACCAGAACUUGGCCAUGGCAUUGCGCUCUAUUCGCCUCGAGGUUCCGCAGUGCAUUUGGGCCGACGCAAUAUGUAUAAACCAGUCCAAUACGGCUGAGCGCAAUAUUCAAGUAACGCUCAUGCGACAAAUAUUUUCCAAUGCUACAAGUGUUCUGGCAUGGCUGGGACCAGCUGCAGAAGGCAGUGACCUGGCAAUGAACUUUCUUGCACAUCUAGCAAGGCAUUCUCGCAAGGAACACAUUGGAGCUUGGCUCGGGAACGAAGGCAUGCAUCCCUGCUAUUAUUCUACCUGGGAAGGCUUGAGGGCCUUGAUGGCCCGGAACUGGUGGAAAAGAGCAUGGAUUGUACAGGAGUUUGCACUGGCUCAGAACGUCAUCUUUAUAUGUGGUAACCAUCGUCUUUCGGCAGAUGAUCUAGAGGCAGCGGAUCAUCUAAUCUUCAUGGAAUUCACGCCGUCAAAGAACGAACGGGUUACCGCUCUAGUCAAAGCUGUGGAUAUCAACCCAAGGGUCCUUGAUCCUGCAAGAAACCUCAUUAACCUGCGCCGACGUUUACAAAAAGGCGAAACACUUUCCGCUCUUGCAACUCUCCAGAUGACCAGGCUGACCGAAGCAACCGACCCACGAGAUCACUUGUUUGCCAAGAUCGGGCUCAGUGGACGCGAGCUGAUAGACUUGUGCCCACCUGACUAUGAUGCCGAGCCGGAGAACAUUUGGUUUACCUUCUUGUCUGAGUAUAUCAAGCAAAAGCAAGACUUGUAUGUCGUAUGUAUGGCAGGAAUGCAACCAAGAACGUAUUCCCAUUUACCAUCCUGGCUACCAGACUGGGGCCCUUCGAAACCACAAUACAUGCUUUGCUCGCUUUUCACAGGUGACAAAGCGCAGUGGCCUCUCUUUGACGCUUCGGGGGGCGCUGGCGCAGUCGCAACCAUCUCGAGCGAGAGGAUUCAAGCAGGUACUGUCCUGAGAUGCCAGGGAGUUGUGGUGGACACCGUAGACGGAGUCGCUGGUGAUCCAUGGUGGACUGAAAGGCCCAGUUCUCUUCGUCAGUCACGAUGCAAGGAAAACGCUUACGGGACAGAAGCUGGCGCGUUCGAGGCGUUGUGUAGAACGGUUACUGCCAAUACGAAUCGGAUGGGUUCUUGGAGCGCUCCUCCAACAGAGUUCAAAACCAUCUUCGCAAAACGUUGGCAGGAGUUGAGGACAAGCACUGCAGUGUACGAAACCGACCCUCAGCAACCACUUCCACUUCCGUUCUACGCACGUGCUUCAGGCUUUGAACGAGCCUGGCGCAGCAUGCGCGGACUAAAGUUUGUUGGGGUGGAUUUGCAGCAUCUUGUCGAGACUGGGCUGGCAGCUGGACAAUACGACCACUCUACAUCUGCAUCAUUCAACCCCCUUUGGACAGCUCUCGAACAUAGCGCUGGUCAAGCCUGUUUCGAACGGUUCGUAUUCACUACAAGUGGAGGAUAUCUUGGAAUCGGUUCUUCCACAAUAGAGCCUGGAGACAAAGUCGUCAUACUCCUGGGUUGCAAGGUGCCGGUAGUAUUGCGGCCGCUUGAUCAGGGCGGCUACAAGCUAAUCGGGGAAUCGUAUGUAGACGGCAUGAUGUACGGUGAGAUGAUGAUGAAAGAAGCAGGACAAGGCAUGUCUUCCACGUCGAUUGAGUAUCUUGAUAUUCUCUGA